AUGACGAACAAGUGUCCUACAACCGUCAGUACACCACCGGUUGGUCUCUGGAACUCGACCGACGUCGUUGCAUUCCCAAACGAUCACAAAUACCUCCUCGCUCAUCAGGCGUGCUGCGGGGAGACAAACCAGAUCACACUCUACAAGAAGACAUGCUUCCGCUUCUGCAGCACAUAUGGCAAUCAAAGCAAUGUCACUUCCUGCUUGGAAGAGCGCGGUGUCAAGAAAGUAGCCGAGUUUCACAACGACAAGGGCGGACAGUCCAUGGCCCCACAUCAGCUUUCGAGGCCUGCUCUCGGCCUCGUUUUUAUGGUUCUGAUGGGAUAUAUAAUAGGGCCCUUUGGGGAAGCUCUUUUGGCUGCAUAA